GUGACAGACCUGCCCCAGGGGCCUGGCCAGAUGGCCGAGGGAGUCACCAGGGAGGGCUGAGCUGCUGCACACGGCCGUCCGUCACCCGCGGAAGCUGACGCUCAGAGAGGCCCACGGUUGGCCCUACGUCACAGACACGACCCGGUACCCGUGUCAGUCGUGCCCUCUAAGCGGGUGAAGCACACCUCACCCACCCCGGGCCCCUGCUGCGCCCGGCCGCGCCUGAACUUUCAUCACCCCAACUGGAAGCCCGUACCCAUUACGCACACAGCCCACCCUGGCCCACCGCAGACCCCUCCCCCAUCUCAGGCCCAGGCAGCAGCUGCCUGGCCUUCUGGCGGCAGGCAGAUGACUAAUGCCUCGGGGCUCCUGGGAGCCCCCCCGCAGGCCGUGCCCGCCAGGCCGCAGGUGGACCGCGUGGGGAACAGCUCCCAGGGCACCUCCCAGCUCUUCCUCACCACGGCGCUGGCCCGCGGCGUCUCGGGCGUCUUCGUGUGGACCGCCCUGGUGCUCACCGGCCACCAGAUCUACCUGCACCUGCGCUCCUACACCGUCCCCAGCGAGCAGCGCCACAUCAUCCGCCUGCUCUUCAUCGUCCCCAUCUACGCCUUCGACUCCUGGCUCAGCCUCCUCCUCCUGGGGGGCCACCAGCACUACGUCUACUUUGACUCCGUGCGGGAUUGCUACGAAGCCUUUGUCAUUUACAGCUUCCUGAGCCUCUGUUUCCAGUACCUGGGGGGCGAGAGUGCCAUCAUGGCUGAGAUUCGGGGAAAACCCAUCCGGCCCAGCUGCUUCUAUGGCACCUGCUGCCUUCGGGGCAUGUCCUACUCCAUCGGGUUUCUGCGCUUCUGCAAGCAGGCCACGUUGCAGUUCUGCAUUGUGAAGCCCAUCAUGGCCUUGGUCACCAUCGUCCUGCAGGCGUUCGGCAAAUACCACGACGGGGACUUCAACAUCCACAGCGGUUACCUCUACGUCACCCUCAUCUACAACUCCUCCGUGAGCCUGGCCCUCUACGCCCUGUUCCUUUUCUACUUCGCCACCAGGGAGCUCCUGCAGCCCUUUGAGCCUGUCCUCAAGUUCCUCACCAUCAAGGCCGUCGUCUUCCUCUCUUUCUGGCAGGGGAUGCUGCUGGCCAUCCUGGAGAGGUGUGGGGUCCUCCCUGAGGCCCAGGUCAUCGAGGGGAGCAGGGUGGGGGCCGGCACGGUGGCCGCCGGCUACCAGAACCUCGCCAUCUGUAUCGAGAUGUUCUUUGCCUCCGUCGCCCUGCGCUACGCCUUCACCUGCCAGGUGUACUCGGAGAAGAAAGAGCGCUCGCCAGCCCCCACGGCGCCCAUGCAGAGCAUCUCCAGCGGCCUCAGGGAGACCGUGAGCCCGCAGGACAUCGUGCAGGACGCCAUCCACAACUUCUCGCCCGCCUACCAGCAGUACACGCAGCAGGCCACGCACGAGGCCCCGGGACCCGGCCAGGGCAGGGACCCCUUGCCCAGCACCCACCCUGGCAUGGAUGGUGGCUGCGGCGGGGGCAGGAAGAGCCGCAACGUGGAGAAGAGGAUGCUGAUCCCCGCGGAGGAGAUGUAGGGGGGCCCCGAGGUCAGCGGCCGCCUGGCUGGGGUCAGUGGUCCAGGCCGCUGGGAAAGGACAGGGCCCCUCACCCACCGACCGUCUUGCCAAAGGUCAGGCCUCUCCUGGGAGCCUCCUGCUAGGCCCGUGGAGCCCACUGCCCAUCCCGCCUCUGGCCAGUGGAGCGGGUCGCUUGGUAGCCCUGCCAGGCGCCCCGGGGCCGCACCAUCGCCUGGUGGGCCCUCGGCCUCAGAAGAGGGCACCUGAGUCUACCUGACAAGCCCAGGGACCUGCCAGGCUCACUCGGCCGUCGGCUCAGGUGGCCUCCCUGGAUGGACAGCUCCCGGGCAGGGCUGGGCAGCCCGGAGCUGCAGGCCUUGCAGGCAGGAGGGCUCCGCACAGAGUGCAGGGGGUGGGGUGGCCCCGUGGCGGAAGGGCCGGUGUGGCUGCUGGGAGUCUGGGAGGGGCUGGGGCCACCGGUGGACGGCUCUGGCUUCCUGGUGAACUGCACUUAUUUAUGCAUAAACAGCCUCGGUUUUCUAGUGAUUCUAGUGGCCUGUGUUCCUGCAGGGUCAGUGCUCUAAUGAAUGGACCACAGUGAGGCGGACAGGUGAGACCCAUCGUGCGAAGUCUGGGUGCAGCGGGGAGGGUCCCCGUCCACUCUGGGGCCGCGGGCCACAGUAGCAGCUGAGAGCGGGCAAGCAACAAGCUCGGACUAGAGCCGGAAUGGCUUGCCCCGCCGUGCGCACGGCUGUGCGGUCCGGAGCCUUGGCUUCCCCAGUUCAAGGCCCGGUGCCAGCCCCGCCCGAGGAGGGGGCUGGUGCCCGGGAGCCUGGGACCCAGGAGGUGGAACAGGACAGGGGGAAUGAGGGUGGGCCCUGGACGUUGGGGGGCCCCGCGUGGGGAGGGGGCGGCAGCGGGUUGUGAGCCUUGGUCCGUCCAGUGUGUCUGGGGCGCUCAGUAGGGUGGGGCGGGAGCCGGGGAAAGGUGCCGGGUGGUGCGCCCGCGGGCAGGCGUGCGGAGCUGGCAGCGCUGCGGCAGGAAGGCCCGGGCACCACCCAGCCACGACCUCCCACGCCUCCCGGCCGCUGGCUCCCACGUCACCCAGGGAGAGAGGGAAAGGCGCUGAGGGUCUCAGAGAGACUCAGCAGGGCAGGAACCAGCCUACGGUUUCCAGGGCAGAGUGGGGUCACCCCUGUCCCCUUGUUCCCUGGGCCUGGGGCACGGGACUCAAGGCCAGCGGCCUCUCCCAGGGCCCAGCCCGGCUGCCUGAUAAGAUAGGCCGGCCUCCUCCCUGCCGCCAGCUGGGAGGUCCCCCAUCUGCCUUACCGCGCACUCUGCGGCUGGCAGGCCCAGCUCGGGCCCCCACAUCUGUCAGCUGGUUUGUGAGCGGCCACGGGGCCCCCAGAGACCCACUGACCCAGGAGGGAGGUUUUCUGGAGGCUGAGAGGCCCUGCAGUGAGCCAGGGGAGGCGGUGCUGCCCCAAGGCCCUCGUCUGGAGGCGCCCUGCUUUGGGGCCUGAGUUGCCCAAGGCUGUGUACCCAGAGGGCAUGUGGGCCAGGGCCGCCUUCCGGAGACCCCGACACAGUGUGCGGUCCUGGGGUGCUCUCAGGCGGGCCUGGCGCUCUGGGAGCACCCGCCGUGUGCCAAGGACCGGGUCAGCAAUGUCACACACACACAAUCCUCACGACAGCCCCGGGCGGGUGGCCGGGGCCCAGGGAGGUUGAGCCACUUGGCUGAGGUCACGGAGCUGGCAAGAGGGGCUGCUUGCCCACUGGUCCCAGCCCCACAGGCCCCUCUGCCCGUGGCCAGGCUCUUCUGAUGUAGCAAAGUCAAGCAGUGAGGACAACACACCUGCAGGAGGGACAGAGCCUCAGAGCAGGUCAGAGGGGCUGCCGGCCUCACGGGCCUGGCCCUGCUGACGGGGAAGCGUGGGUGCUCCGAGGAGGGGACCGCGGGCCACCUCUCCAUCUCUGACAAAAACCUGGCUCCGGAACCCAGGCCGCACUGCGUGGGGCCAGGGGUGGCCACGGAGGCCGGUUGUCUCACCCACAUGCUCUGGCUUCGGUGUUCUCACCUGUGAAAUGGCCCCAGCGGUCCAAGCCACAGGGUGGCGGCCCCCAGAGCAGCUGAGCGGCCUGGGUGCAGGAACCCUUUAACAACCUCCCUGGAGCCCAGAGCCGGUCAGGGUCUGUGCCUCCCCAGCCUGCACCCAGAGGCUGCUGCCAGCUCUGGUCUCAGGGACACACCCAGGGGGCUCCCGGGAGCAGCAGGCCGGGGUGCGGGCUCUCCCGGGGCUGCUGCAGGGGUCUGCUCAGCUGGGGGAAGACAGCGAGCGAGCCGCUCGGGGUGACAGUGACCGCGCCGUGCCGAGUGCGUCCGUCCCCGCACCUGAUUCCGCAGGAGGGAGCUCGGGGACUGGGGGGCAAGGAGCCGGCGGAGGCCACACGGAAGCUGGGGGUGGGGCUCAAAACCAGUGGCUGGCGCUGAAGCACAGGCCCUUGGUUACAAAGUGCCACCCUGGUCAGCCCGGCAGAGGUGGGGCGGGAGGGCUGCCAGUGUUCAGAACCCCCAACAAGCAGCACAUCUCCUUGCAAGCUUGACCCUCCUUCAGAGGCCAAGGCCAAGUGCUGACCCACCCGACCCUGCAAGGUCAGUGGGGUAAGAAGGGGGCAGCAUCCCGAGGACAGGGCACCCCCUCCCCCGCCAGCAGGCCCAGGUUGGCCGGGCCCCUGGCUCUGGCUUUCAGGAGAGUCUGCUUACUGGCUUUGCCCCCGGACCCAGGCAGACCCCAUCUCUCCCACCCGCCGCGAGCUCACCUUAGAGCCCCAGCCAAGAGAGCCGCCCGGGGAAGGGGGGGCCGCGUCCACCGACAGGGGCUCCUGAUCAGGGCAGUAGGGGCCUCGGGAACUCCACCCACCACUCAGAAAGGGAGCCCGCCUGCCUCCACCUGCCUGAGCCCUCCGCGCGCAGCCCUGGAGACCCACUCACGAGCAGCAUCCGACAGUGACCCCGCCCCCAGGGGGGCUACAGCCACGGGGGCUAGGAUGGGGGGGGGUGGCGCAUGCAUUGGCCCACAGCCCUCCGGGCCGGGGAAGGAGGGAGGGUUGGCCCAAAGCACCAACCGUGCAGCAAGACAACGUGAAACCAGAAAACUCUUUAUUGAAAGGUACAAAAGCGCCAUGGCAGAGAUGUACAGCAAUAAAUUAGGUGUGGCCGGGAGGGGACGGGCGGGCGUGGGCCGCACGUCACACCACAGGGGCCGCGACAUAGGGUCUCUUCUCAAUAAUUUAUACCAUGAUAAAAGCA